AUGGCACCCAAAAUCGCAAUCGUCUUUUACUCGAUGUACGGCCACAUCAAGACCUUGGCCGAUGCCGAACUCAAGGGCAUCAAGGCCGCCGGUGGCGACGCCGACCUCUACCAAGUCGAGGAAACCCUCCCUCAAGAGGUCUUGACCAAAAUGUAUGCCCCAGCCAAGGACUCCAGCGUCCCUACGCUCUCCGACCCAAAGACCCUCGAACAAUAUGAUGGUAUACUCUUCGGUAUACCAACCCGUUACGGCAACUUCCCAGCUCAGUUCAAGGCUUUUUGGGACAAGACGGGUGGCCAAUGGCAGCAAGGCAGCUACUGGGGCAAGUACGCCGGUGUGUUCAUCUCCACUGCUUCGCAGGGUGGAGGACAGGAGAGCACCGCCUUGGCCUGCAUGAGCACUUUCGCCCACCACGGCUUCAUUUAUGUCCCUCUUGGCUACAAGACCGCCUUCCCCCUCUUGGCCGACUUGUCCGAGGCUCGUGGUGGUAGUCCUUGGGGUGCUGGUACAUACUCUGCCGCUGAUGGCAGCCGUAUGCCUUCUGCCAAGGAGUUGGAGCUCGCGGAGGCUCAGGGCAAGGCGUUCUACGAGGCUGUCUCCAAGGUCAACUUCGCGUGA